AUGUACAUUCCCAACAGCACAAUCUUCAUGCCCUCUAUCUUCACACUCAGAGGAAUCCCAGGCCUGGAGUCUGUGCAGUGCUGGAUUGGCAUUCCAUUCUUUGCCAUGUACCUCAUUGCCAUUAUUGGGAAUUCCUUGCUUCUGAUUAUCAUCAAAACAGAGCACAGCCUCCAUGAGCCCAUGUACAUUUUCCUGGGCAUGCUAGCAGUCACAGACAUUGCCCUUGCUACCAGCAUUGUGCCCAAGAUGCUUGGGGUCUUCUGGUUUCAUGUACCUGAGAUUCACUUUAAUUCCUGCUUGUUCCAAAUGUGGCUCAUUCACACAUUUCAGUGCACUGAAUCAGGCAUCCUGCUGGCCAUGGCCCUGGACCGUUAUGUAGCCAUCUGCUAUCCACUCAGACACGCUACCAUCUUCACCCACCAGGUGAUCACCCAAAUCGGGGCUGUUGUCACACUAAGGGCUGGCCUUCUUAUGAUCCCAUGCUUAGUAUUGAUAAAGUGCAGGUACAAAUAUUAUCAUACAACGGUUAUUUCUCAUUCUUACUGUGAGCACAUGGCCAUUGUAAAGCUGGCUGUAGGAAAUGUCCAAAUCAACAAAAUCUAUGGUCUGUUUGUGGCCUUCAUUGUUGCGGGAUUUGACAUUAUCUUUAUCACACUGUCCUAUAUACAGAUAUUCACCACCGUUUUUCGACUGCCUCAGAAGGAGGCAAGGAUAAAAUCAUUCAAUACUUGUAUUGCACAUAUAUGUGUCUUUCUUCAACUAUAUUUUCUUUCCUUCUUCUCCUUUUUCACACAUAGAUUCGGUUCUCAUAUCCCUACUUACAUUCACAUCCUCUUUUCCAGCUUUUACUUGUUGGUUCCUCCAUUUCUUAAUCCCCUUGUAUAUGGCGCAAAGACCAAGCAGAUUCGCAUUCAUGUGCUGAAAAUAUUCAGCUCAUUAAAUCCUUCUUCAUCAUGA